AGUACGAGCACAUCAUAUCCAUUCAAACCGAAACUCAUUGAACCUUUCUCUUUUUGGUCAGGAGGCAUUCCCCGAACCAUACGAAGUUCUUUACUGCAAGCGGUUUGCAACAAAGAAGGAGGACCAUGGUCUCGCUACGAGGAAUAGGCUUGGCUUUCAUUGCAAUACAUAUGCACGAAAAUGGACCGACGUUUUCUUCGUCGUUGGUGCACAAGUCGUUAGCAAGUCGAAGAGUUGCACUAUCGAAUCAUGAUGCGCACCUCAAGAUGACGCUUUCUGCAUUAUCGUCGCCCGCAACGAACGAUGUCACUCUUCCCGAUACUUCGCAGCCCCUGAACCCGCAAACCUAUGCAGGGAUGAUCGAAGAAGGCUUGAAGAAAAAAUUUAACGAAACAGAAAUAGAACGCGUUCUAACUUCCUGGCGACUCGUAGAUCAAGGGUAUUAUCGAAAGGAGUACGUGGGCGAUAAAAUCGAUGCAAGCGAAAUCGCCUCUAGCAACAUGAUUCAAGAAUGUCACUCUUAUGUUCCUGGUCUCUCCAUCAAACCCUUUUGGGAUACGAAAGAAUUUGAUUGGACUCAAACCCUUGAAUCUCGUUACACUGAGAUCCGUGAAGAGUUCGAUGCUGUCAUGGGCAACAUGGAAAAGCUGCAGCGAGAAGGCAACAAUGUCUGGGCUGGAGCAUUGACCGAGGAUGCGAGUUCUUAUGGAGAAGGUUGGAAGACACUAGUCUUGAUGGACCGUGGCCGAUGGGACCCCACGAAUGCGAAUUUAUUUCCAAAGACUGCUCAAGCAAUUCACGCAUCAGGCGCUCCCGCCACGGAGAUUUUUUUCGCGAGCAUGAAAGGGCCAUCUUCCAUUAAAACACAUUCCGACUUUACAAACUUUGUUUUGACCUCUCAUCUCGCUUUGGAUAUUCCGUAUUCGGGAGAAAACAGGUGUCGUUUGACGGUUGGUGAUGAAACUCGUGAAUGGAUUAAUGGGAAAUCAUAUGUGUUCGAUACAUCGCUUCUGCACGAUGCCGAAAAUGAAAGUGAUAAAAUGCGCUACAUUCUCAUGAUGCGAGUUUGGCAUCCCGAUCUCACAGCUAUUGAGAAAGAAGCUCUUCAAUUCACAUUCGAUUGUUUGGAGUAUGAUCAGUUACUUAGUUCAAAUGAAGAAGAACGAUUCAAGGCAGAGAAGAUAACAGAGGCAUCCCGUUCAUUUCCWCUCAUACCUGAGAGUGGAACUGGAUUCCGCGCUCAAAUAAAAUCACCAGAAAUUAGCAAAAAGGGAUUCGGGAAGAAUCAGAAAAAAAACAAGCGGAAACAAAAGGGAAAUGGUGGAGGGAAGAAGAGGGGUUUUGGGAAAUAAUGCCUUCGACACUCAAUUUGCUCAUCCUACACAGAAAAAUAAAGCUUCUGCCUCUUCAAUACGAGCAGUGAAAUGAAAAGUAUUGUAGCUUCUUGAUAAAGUUGUAGCUAUCAA